AUGGCGCGACGGUACGAGAUCGACGAGCUGAUAUGGCUGCGCGAAUCGCCUCUUGUCACUAAACCUCCUGGCCUUCCCCCAAUUGAAGAUUGGAUGCCUCAACCCGACCCUACAACCCAACGCAAGCAACCAACAACCCGAGACCCCAAUAACCCUUCCGAAACAACUACAAAUAGAAGACCGAGCUUUUUUGAAGCUCGUCAUAUCUCGCGGGGCUCCAAUUCAGGUAUCGCUCAUCAUCCUUCGUUUAUACCAUCCAUAGAGGUAAAGGCUCUCUUGACCUCACUGAACGAUCCGCCCGCCCAAAUGAGACGGAUGAGAAAAAUGACCGUUUCAACUUCCGAGAUCGCAUCUUCAAAGAGAAAGAUACCCCCCCAAGAGAGAGACUAUGAUCGGCGAGACGGACGGCCCGCUGCCCUGAACGGCCGACGCGGAGAGAAGGAAGACUGGAAUGCUGGGCGCCCACGUCGGACAUUUCCACCAGAAGAGCCAGAACGCAAACCCCGACGCACCGGAGAAUUCGAUCGAUGGGAGAACCGCGAGACCCCUCGAGAUGCUCCCAACAGUGAACGUGGAGUCCGGGAUCGGGAUGCCCGCUUCGUUGCACGAAAGGAGGGUCAACCGACGACACGAACCAAAUACGAUGGAAGCUGGUUCCGUGAAGAGAACGGCAAUGAAGCAAUCGAGGCUGAUGAAGACAAGCCAGCGCUACGCAACCGAGAAUGGCGGCGCGACCGCCAUGGCGCAGACCGAGACUGGGCCCGUGGUGCUGCUGCUAAAAUCGAAUCAGAACCCGAAUGGUUGGAUACGAACGAUCGUGACGAGCCCCGACGGGCACACACACAGGAAGACUUUGAGCGCUGGAAGGAGCGUAUGAAGGCUGGCUCAGGCGCUUCUCAGCCCCCUCCAUCGCAAGCGGAGAGGAAGGAAGAAUAUACUGAAUCGGAUAUCCCUGCCGAGAAGCCCGAGACGCACCGCACAGACGGGGAGAUCUUUAGCUCUGGCGCUCAGUUCAUGGGAGAUACCUCUAUGGACCGGUUUUUUGGUAUGCUUGGAGACCCAAAGCCACCAGUUCCCGAGGCCGUCGCAUCACCUGUCCAGGUCCAGUCGACCCCGCAGAAGGAAAACCCAUAUGUCGCAAAGUCUGGGAAGUCAUCUCGAUUUGCUGGACUUUUCAGCCCUCCACCUGAUAGUCCAUUCAAAGCUCCAGAGUCACCCGCCCUUCCUAAAUCUUCUGCAGGAAGCACUCCUGCCAACCCUCAAGAUGCAGACCAAGAGGGAUUCCAACGAAUUUUGGCGAUGCUUGGCGGCCCCGGUGCUGCUGGCCCUGGACAUGGCCCACCACCACACGGUACACCUCACCAAAAUGAACACUCUCGGCCGUCACCGAUGGUCCAUCCUGAUCAUGCUCGUGCGGCCAUGCACAUGUCCUCCCCAAUCAGAGAACACAUGGGUCAUCCGGACUUUGCUAGUCCAUCCCAAGAGAAUCCCUUGGCCCAGAUGACCGGGAAGGAACCCCACCCUGGCGAGCGUGAGCAUCUUCUUCGAUUGAUGCAGCAGGUUCAAAUUGGCCCCGGACCUCAAGGUGGUGUCUCUCAGCGGUCCCCGAAUGCUGGACCAGCUCCUCCUCCAGGCUUGAUGCCGGAGAUGAUGCCUCGUCCUCCCCCUGGACUGACUGGCCAGAAGACUCCAAACUUCUUUGACGAUCCUGCCAUUGCCAAUAUGCAGCGGCCUGAUAACGAGCAACUCCGCCGACGAGGCCCCAACGGCCCGCCUAUGGGCUACUUUGAUGAAAUUCCUUUCCCCCAGGGCGGCCAAGGCCCCAUGACUCCGGGUGGUUCCCGCCCACCAAAUCAACCUCCGAUGCCACUGCAGCGACCUCCUGGCUUGGAACACUUGCCUCCUCCCGGAUGGACCGGUAUGAUGCCAAUGCCCGGCAACGGACCUCCGAUGGGCGAACGGCAAGGCUUCCCUCCUCGUGGACCCCCAGGCCCACCUCCUGGUAUGAUGCCACCACCCGGAUACAUGGGUGGCCCUCCUCCUGGCUUUCCUCCCAUGCCCCCGAACCCAGAGGCUAUGAUGGGACUUGGCCCUGGCGGCCAAGGCCCCUUCGGACCUGGAAAUCCCGGUCCUCAAGGCCCCCCUCCCUCAUCGCGACACCUGCUUGAGAUGUUUGGUCAGCCCGGCGGCGGCGAAGUGCGCGGCGGCAUGGUCGGACCCGGUCCUUACAGGUAA